AUCCUUCCCAGGGUGCCCUCGACUCUUUCCCGCGCAAAUGCUUCCAUCCCUCCCACAUUCAAAACCCUCUACCAAAGCGCAGAAGAAAAAACCCCCCCCGCCAUGGAAACCGAAUCCCACGUCCCUACCCCACCGCUAACGGACGCUGAUAUCAUACGCCUCGCCAACCAACACCCUCAGCCUCCCCAAGCCUGCGCAACCCUCUUAUCCUCCACCCCGCAAUCCACCCUCCUCUCCUUCCUCCACGCCCGCUCCCUCUCUCCUUCCCCCUCCGUCCACGUCACCGAAUACCUCUCCUCCCUCCUAUCUCUCAUUUCCCAAAAUGCCCCUCCAAGCCCUUCAAUUUCCUCCCUAAUGUCCUCCCUUCUCAUCUCCUACCUCCGCCUCUUCUACUCCCAUAAAAUCCCCCACGACUCGAAUUCUUCCAGAAUCUUCCAUCUUUUCUCCCUCCAUCUUCCCAAAAUACCCCUCCCUCCUCUCAUCUCCGAGAUCCUCUCCAAUCUCUCCGAAAUUGCAGGCCCCGAUGACGCCCACCCUCUCGACCUCCUCCCUCGAUCACUCGACCUCGUCCGGUCAUCGGAUGAGAUCGAAGGGACCAACGACUACAUCGACUCUGUGCUUGGCCAGAUCGUGUCGGUUGACUGGUCCAAGGCUCUACUUAUCAAGAUUGUCUCCCUCCUCCGUGAAUUCCCACCGCUGGAUAAAGCCCGGGCGAGGGAUUUUCUCGAGAAGGUUUUUAAUGGAAUGAGGAACGUUGAUCUGCAGGACCUGCCGUCACUUGUCUACCAGCUGCUGCUCCUGGGUUCAAAGGGUGGGUUCGGUAAGCGGACUGUGGUUGAAGGGAUAGUAGGCUUCUUUGGGGCAGUGGUGGGGUCGAGGGCGACGGCGGCGAUUGUCCGGCAGGUUGAGGGGACGGUGCUACUGCAUGUGAAUUUCGCGGUGAAGCAAGAUUCUUCGCUGGGGCAGGAGGUUUUGGGGAUCGUGCGAUCAGAUAUGAGGGUUUUUAAUCAUUUUGCGGUCACGGUUUUGCUGUCGGUUGCGAGGGUUCGGAGGUUUAGUGAGAGCGCAAUGGGUGUACUGAAAAUGGCCGUGGUUACGACGUAUCGAGGGUACCGAUUCGCAAGAGAUUGUAAAUGGUUGCCGGAUAGUUUGAAAAAAGACUCUCUCCAUACAGCUAAAAGAGUGGAGAAGGCUGUGAUACGAGCUAUUAAUGAGAGCAACUAUGGAAGGGAGCACAUUGUGUCCAGCAUCAUUCAGUUUGGCUUUGGUUUGCUAGAAUCAGUUGAAGGCUCCAACGGAGAAGAUUUUUCCGACUCUGAUGGUUUGAUGGGCACCGGAGAACUCGGCAUUCAGAUACUGAAGACUCUGUUUGAAGUCCAUGACAUGGCAAGAAACGAGAUAAUUGAACAGUGCAAAUUUCGCAUCCUUUCUCUGAAGCCUCAACAAACCAUGCCAAUCAUCAGACUGAUCAGCUGUCUGGUUCAGAGUUAUCCCUAUCCCACGCUCGAACAUGUUGCACGGCUGAAGGAACUUUUGGAUUACUUCACUUUCAUGCAUGAUAAAACUUCCAUCUCAUUCGUUACUGCUAUAUUGCCACUCAUGAAAUUCAGCCGUGAUCUGCAGGAUUACACAAUUUUGGUCAUGCGGAAGGCCAUGUUUAGAAGAGAAGAUACAGUCCGUAUUGCUGCUACUAAUGCUAUUAUUGAUCUGAUUGUCGCGGACAAACAAUCCAAGAAUAAUGGUCCAAAUUCAAUGCAAGAGUCUUCCAGCCAAGCUAGUUGCAGCCAGCAAGCCGGGAUUCCCUGUGGGAUGGGAACAGGCCUCUUUCAAGACCUGAGUGGAUUGCUCCGCAGAUGCCUUUCACAACAGGCUAGAGUUAAAGAGGUCAUGUAUCAGGGGCUUGUGAAACUUGUCAUGUUGGACCCGUUCAUUGCAGGGCCUGUCUUUGAUUUCCUGUGGCCUCACUUUCUUUCCUUUUACCAUGAGGAUGAAGACGUCCAGCUUAGUGUUAGCAGUUGCAUUAAACUGGAGAAUGGCAAAGCUUGCCUUGAAGAACCUUUAGAUUGCCUCCUAUCGUGUGUCUCUUGGAUUCUUCUCCUCCAGUCACAUAACAAAACAGAUCGUCCAUCAGAGUAUUCAUGGCCAUGUUUUGGGUUCUCUCUUUCUCAAGAGAACGAGGCAGGAAGAGUUUCCUCUAGCGAAUCUUUCUCAAAUGCUUUAUUAAAUAUACGGAAGUUGUUGAGAAAUGGCUGUUUGGAAGAUGUUAUAGCCAAGUGUCAGGAUCCAGGCUCUUGUGCUUUUGAAGGAGAGAAGGGUAGCUACUCUUCUUGGAUAUUGUCAGGAAUUGUCGAGGUAUUGUUAAAUGCAGUUGCAACAGAGUUGGAGAAAGCUACAGAAACAGAAAAGGUGGAUCUUGAAAAAGAACUUUUGGAGCUCAUCAAUCUGUAUGAUUCUUUGCAAAAGGUUGCAUGCAAUACUAAACAAGGGAAUGGUCUUGCAAAGGGAUCGUCAAGAUCUAUUACUCAAGAUAUCCUGGAAAAGUCUGAUCAGAACACCAAAGAAGGUCCACGUGCCACCCUCCUGAAAUUGUCUCAAGCAAGAAGUCCUUUCUUGUCAACUUCAAGUAUUCAUCAGCUGUUAGUGACCGCACUGAAGUUAUAUAAUGUUGAUGCUUCUAAUACCCAUACAGUUUCUCAGAAUCACAGCCAAUCAUCAUCUUCAUCCAAGACAUCAUUUCACUGUUCGAAACUGAUUGCCUUUGUGUUGAAGGCUUGCCUUCAUCUACUAAAAUCUUUCCCUGCCAUGCCAAAUGAUGAUCCAUUGAAGACCUUGAUCUAUGGAGAUAUCAAAGUGUUGGGAUGCCCACUGUUGCAGUUGGUGUUGCUGCUCAAGUCAAGCUCUAAGUCAGGGAGGGAUAAAAAGAAAAAAGAAGCUAAGGGCAAGAAAACCUUGGAAGAUCGAGGGGAACAGAUCCUCCAGUCGUUGGUUUGUUUGCAUGAACUGCUUAAAAUAAGUCUACAUGGGCCUCAUUGGACUGGAUUGAUUGAGGAUUUGGUGUCUGCAUCCUCAUUUGAACAUGAUUUAGAAAAUGGUGCAGAUGCCUGUGGGGAUGGUGAUAGUGGGGUAGCCACAAUGGUUGAUGAUCAACAUGUGAGAAGUAUGCAUUUGUUCCUAGAAAAAAGAAUCAAGCCUUUGCUCUCUGAGCUACUUGAUCUUUCACUUCACCGGGAAUCUGAGGUUGUCUCCGAGAUGAUGUUGAUGAUUGGGAACAAACUUUCAUGUAAGCUACGGAACUUCUAUGGGUCGUGGGCCGUUUGUAUUUGCAAGAGCAAUUCAACAGUGAAUUCCAGAGCUGCUCAACGUGUGGUAGCACUUGUCAUCUAUUUAAGUUCACCUCCUAAUGAUUUAAUGGUUGCACAAGACAUGGCAUCUGAGCUCUUGAAAGUCAUUGGGUCUGAUGAGAGGGACGCAUUACAGAAGUCCGAAAUUUAUCCUGUGAUAAAUCAUUCAACAGAGAAUGCAAUAGCUACUAUGUUAUUGCAAUUUAUUGAAUCUGUUCUUGUUGAUGUAGACUGGGCCAUAAAGAAGUUGAAGGCAUUUUCCAACAUUGGUCAUGAAAUCAUCAACCUUGACAAUAGUGAUCCUUGUGGGGAAAGGGCACCUGGACUGAUACUGGAAGAGGCACUUUACUCUAGGUCAGAAGCUCUGGUGAAUUUGUUAUCAUCUUUUGCAGAGAUGAGCCUCAAAGAUCCUCAUGCAGAGCAAUUCUUAAAAUCAACUGCAAAGUUCUACAAGCAUUUGGCUCAUAUGACAAAACUUAGGAUUGCUCCUAAAGGGUGCAAACAACCUUUACCUGGACAAAAGUUCCAGAGGCUAGCUGAAGUAACUUGCAAAAAGCUUACUGCUCCACUAUACAACUUUGUGGCUUUGAUGCAAAGGAAUCAACAAGAAAAUGUGCAAAACAGGGGAAUUAUUAAAAAGAUCAAAAGAGAGAACAGAUGCAUUCCAGAUCUGAUCUUUCAAAUAGAAGAUUACGAGAAAUAUCUCAUCCAACUUAGCAAAUUGACCAAAGUCAACCUGCUGAGGCAUGCCAAGCGCAGCACUGCCCGGGAUUUUAAGAUACUAGAUGCAAAAAAGGUAGCUAGACCAGAAGAGCCACCUGAACGCGAACCUAGCCAGGUAAAUCCUGCUGCAUCUCGGAAUGACUCGAGUGAGGAAUCUGAAGGUGAGGAAGAAAGUGAGUCUGAGAAGGUUGUAUUGCCUGAAGCCGAUACUGUUGCAGCAGCGGAGAAUUCAGGAUCUGAUAGUGAAGAUCAACAGAUAGUUAUGAAAACCAAGAGGGUAGCGAAAAAGCGCAAGGUUGUGCAGGACUCGGAUGAAGAAGCAUAGUGAAAAAACAAAGUUUAUGUGAAAGGAAUGGGAAACUUUAGAGACUCUUUACGCAUUGGGAAUCUCAAAUAAAUGGAAGCUGACUCGAUACCAUGCCGCGAACUUCAUUUUGAUCGGCUUCUAGUGUUUUGAAGGUUGAGGGAAUGCGUAGCAUGGUCAUUUGCCAAUGGCGUCCACAGGUUGACAAGACAGGCAGUGAAUGCAAGAGUAUCUGCAGGGUUUUGAUUAAACAGCGGGAAGAAAAACACAGCAUGAAAACGGAUUUGUCAAUUGAGUGAUGGGUGCUCAAGAUUCUGUUCGCAGUUUUUGAUCUUUACCCAUUUCUUCAUUCUAAAGUGGGAGAAAAAUGAGUUGGAUUGUUCUCAGGGCUGUCCCAUUGGUGAUGGGGCAUGAAUAUUAUGCAGGUAUGGACUCUUGUAACAAAAUUUCUGUAAUCUCAAUCUCAAAUAGAGUUAGCUGAUGUUUUUCAAUACCAUAUUACCUCUUUUAUCUUGAGUAAAACAGCUGCUGAUUUUAUGUUGUAAGCAAACAGGCUUUGUACAAACAUAUUUUGAUAAGAAAUUAUCACAGACAGGUAGGCAGUAUGCGUGAACGUUCACAU